AGUGCAGUGGCCGGUGAUAGCAGUAAGACACCCAGGCUUUUAGCUAACCUGCUUUCAGUUAAGAAAAAAAAUAGUGACUAAAAGGGGGGAGGGGGGGUUAGAACCCCUAACCUCCCCCCCCCCCCCUGGCUAAGCCCCUGGCUCUCCAGUCGCCGGGCGCAGCGGCAGAUGUUGGUCGGGUUACGCGAUAUGAUACGUGCCCAAGAACAGGUUGCCCGGGGGGGUGUUAAGGUCAAAGCCAGGAUUGGAUGGAGAUCAAUCACCCGCCAGCAUACGCCCCCAUGGAGACAUGUCACACGCGCAACUGAACAACACGACACCUGCAGACAGACAGUCAGUCGUAUAUUUCCGAGUUAUCAACCCGGCGGCGGUCGGGUGGAAUCGCGGAAUGCAAGUUCAAUGCUAGAACGAGACACGGACCGGUGUGUUGUUCACUGCUCGGGCGAAAACCGGCACAACUCGCGCAAGCGGACCACCACCUGUCGGGUGGUAUAUAUGUGGCGCGGGGCUGCUGUCUCCCUCGUUGCUGCGAAUACACGGAGGAACCGGGACCAUCUUCCAGUGCGCCUGUCAGCGGCUAGUAGCUGCUUCCUGGAACCUGCACUUGUACUUCCAGGAGCCGGCAGCUCUCAACCAUAUUGUGGACCGGCAGUCGUCAGAGACCAGGAUGUCGCCGGUGGGCUCCGCCCUGGUGCCGGCGCUGCUGGGCCUCGUCGUGGCCUGGGUGCCCGACGACCCCUACCUUCUGCAGCUGCCGCCGCCCGCCGUCAGCGAGGCGCUUCUGGGGGACAUCCCGCUGGGGGUCCCCGACGAGGAAAAGGAUGUCCCUGGAGAACCUCUCACGCCAGAAGACUUCCAGAAUGCUGAGAACCUAGAGCUGCUGGUGCCGCCCCAGGAGGAAGGCUCUGUGGACCCUCUGGAGGUGGCGGGGCUCUUCGAGGGAGACAUCGCCGGCGUCAACGUGUCGGAGCUGAUACUGGAAAAGAAUGCAGCGAGGAAUCCUCGCAAGCGGUGGUCGUACGGUCUCGUCCCUUACGUCAUAUCGGCCUCAUUCAACAGUUACGAGAGGAGCGUGAUAGCAGCGGCCUUCUUGGACUACCACCGGCACACCUGCGUCAAGUUCGUUCCCAGGAGCACCCAGCGGGACCACAUCCACCUGAUGAAGGGUGCCGGGUGCAGCAGUCACGUGGGGCGCAGCCAGGGGGGCCAGCAGGUGUCUCUGGGCCCGGGCUGCCUCUACAAGGGCGUCGUGGUGCACGAGCUGAUGCAUGCGGUCGGCUUCUGGCACGAGCAGAGUCGCACGGACCGCGACGAGCACGUGUCCGUGCUGUGGGACAACAUACAGCCGGGAAUGGAGUUUAACUUCCACAAGUUCAGCUGGAAGGUGAUGCAGGACCUGGGAGUUCCUUACGACACAGUUUCAGUGAUGCACUACGGGAUGUUUGCCUUCUCCAAAGACCGACGGUCGCCCACCAUCCUACCGAAGAGACCCAACACGCCCCUGGGCCAGCGGAGAGGAUUCAGCGAGGCGGACAUUGUGAAAGUGAACCGCCUGUACGAGUGUCGGGAAGUUGUGACCGAGAGACCGCCCACGGUCACCAAACCAGGAGAGUGCGCGGACAACCACGGGCUGUGCCAGCGCUGGGCCAGGAGGGGGGAGUGCGGCAGGAACCCCGCCUGGAUGCUGGUCAACUGCGCCCGGGCCUGCGAGCAGUGCGGCGGGAAGUGCAGCGACCACAACAGGUUCUGCGGGAAGUGGGCUCUCGCGGGCGAGUGCCGGCGGAACCCCGACUACAUGAACGUCUACUGCGCCCGCGCGUGCGUCUCCUGCCCAGAGCCGGGGGACAGCUGCACGGACGACAACGAACACUGCGCGGCGUGGGCGGAGACGGACCAGUGCCAGCUGAACCCUGAGUACAUGCUGCGCAAGUGCAGGAAGUCGUGUCGGCGCUGCUAGCGACAAACGCCGCGCCGCGUCGCUCGUCACCGGAGGCCUGUGUUCUCUGCCGUGAAUGAGACACCCGGUGAAACCGUCAAUCGAGAACUACCCAGAGGACGUCAACUUGUGCGGAGUACUUUACCAAGAUGUGAAGCCACUUUUACGUGUUUGCUGCCAACUUAGAGACAUGCAAAUAUCUGGCCACGGUUCUAGAAGUGUUUGGAUCAUGGGAACGCACUCUCCCACAGAGCUAUCUAUCUAGCAGUGAACUUCCUGUCGUGGUUUGAAACCCUUGCUGCCGAGCCCUGGACUGUGUGUUUGCUGCCUCAUCGAGAUCCCCAGAAGGAACUCAGCAGACACCACGACUCCACACCGCCGGGAGCUUCCGCACUGUUGCCUGUCAUUAGCCCAGUUACACUGUCAGCAGCUAGAUUCUGCAAACUGUUGUUCCAUGUCUUUAAAUAAUAAACAAUCUGCAGAUAUUA